AUGGCCAACCUCGGCGGCGGCGCCGAGGCGCACGCGCGGUUCAAGCAGUACGAGUACCGCGCCAACUCCAGCCUCGUCCUCACCACCGACUCCCGCCCGCGGGACACCCACGAGCCCACCGGCGAGCCCGAGACUCUCUGGGGCAGGAUCGACCCCAGGUCUUUCGGUGACCGCGCCGUCCAGAACAAGCCGCCCGAGCUCGAGGAGAAGCUCUCCAAGUCGCGCACCAAGAAGUCUAAGCGCGACGCUGCCGCCGCGGUCGACCCCGACCUCCCCCGUCGCGACGCCAAGCGCAGGCGCCGCGCCGCUUCCGCCCAGGAGGUCUCCGUCCUCUCCCUCACCGACGACGCCGUCUACAAGCCCCAGACCAAGGAGACGCGCGCCGCCUACGAGGCCUUGCUGAGUCUCAUCCAGCAGCAGCUCGGCGGCCAGCCCCUUGACGUCCUCGCCGGGGCUGCUGACGAGGUGCUCGCCACGCUCAAGAAUGACAAGGUCAAGAACCCUGAUAAGAAGAAGGACAUUGAGCAGCUGCUCAACCCUAUCUCCAGCCAGCUCUUUGACCAGCUUGUCUCCAUCGGCAAGAUCAUCACCGACUUUCAUGAUGCGGCGGCCAGUGAUGCUGCCGGUGCGCCUUCUGCCGACGGCAUGGACACCACCCUGGAUGAUGAUGUUGGUGUUGCUGUUGAGUUUGAAGAAGAUGAAGACGAGGAGAGUGAUUUUGAUCAGGUGCAGGAUGAGCUGGAUGAGGAUGACGAAGAUGACAUGGCUGAGUUGAAUGGUCCUGGAGGUAUGCAGAUGAGCGGUGAGUUAGACGAUGAUGACAUGCAGAACGCCAACCAGGGGCUGGCUGUCAAUGUUCAGGACAUCGAUGCUUACUGGCUCCAGAGGAAGAUAUCCCAGGCAUAUGGGGAUGGGGACAUUGAUGCCCAGCAGAGCCAGAAGCUUGCCGAGGAUAUCUUGAAGAUCAUUGCUGAGGGCGACGACAGAGACGUCGAGAAUCGCCUUGUCAUGCUCUUGGACUAUGAGAAGUUUGAUCUCAUUAAGUUGCUGCUGCGCAACCGUCUCAAGAUUGUUUGGUGCACCCGCUUAGCCAGGGCUGAAGAUCAGGAACAGAGGAAGAAGAUAGAGGAAGAGAUGGCAAGUGACCCAAGCUUGGCUCCAAUAUUGGAGCAGCUACAUGCAACCAGAGCAUCUGCAAAGGAGAGGCAGAAGAACCUGGAGAAAAGCAUCAGGGAUGAGGCUAAGAGGCUCCUCAACAAUGAUGCUGCUGCUGGCGCUGAUGGUGCCAGGGACCGCAGGGCAGCCGAGCGGGACAUGGAGAGUGGAUGGCUGAAAGGACAGAGACAGCUGCUUGAUCUCGAAAGCCUCUCGUUCCAUCAGGGUGGUCUCUUUAUGGCUAACAAGAAAUGUGAACUUCCGACUGGAUCGUUUAGAACCCCUCAUAAGGGAUAUGAGGAGGUUCAUGUGCCAGCACUGAAGGCUAAGCCCUAUGAAACAGGGGAGAAGAUUGUCAAGAUAUCUGAUAUGCCAGAGUUUGCACGGUCAGCUUUCGAUGGGAUGACCCAGCUGAACAGAGUUCAGAGCAGGGUCUAUGAUACUGCUCUUUUCAAACCAGACAAUAUCCUUCUCUGUGCUCCGACUGGUGCUGGCAAAACAAAUGUGGCGUGCUUACCAUCCUUCAGCAGAUCGGUCUGCAUAUGCAGGAUGAUGGAGUGUUUGAUAAUACCAAGUUACAAUGUUACUGUUAGGGAGCUCAGUGGAGACCAGAACUUGACCAAGCAACAGAUUGAUGAAACACAGAUUAUUGUCACGACACCUGAGAAAUGGGAUAUUGUGACCAGGAAAUCAGGGGACAGAACCUAUACCCAAAUGGUGAAGCUGUUAAUCAUUGAUGAGAUCCAUCUGCUACAUGAUAACAGAGGGCCUGUUCUGGAGAGCAUUGUUGCUAGGACAGUCAGGCAGAUUGAGACGACCAAGGAGCAUAUUCGUCUGGUUGGGCUCUCUGCGACUCUACCAAACUAUGAAGAUGUUGCAUUAUUCUUGCGCGUUCGCAAAGAAAGCCUCUUCUAUUUUGACAACAGUUACCGACCUUGCCCUCUUGCUCAGCAAUACAUUGGGAUCACUGUGAGGAAGCCACUACAGAGGAUGCAGUUGAUGAAUGAGAUUUGUUAUGAGAAGGUUAUGGCUGCCGCUGGUAAGCAUCAAGUGCUUAUAUUUGUACACUCAAGGAAGGAGACGGCAAAGACUGCCAAAGCCAUCAGAGAUACGGCGUUGGCAAAUGACACAGUCAGCCGCUUUCUGAAGAACGAGAGUGCAAGCCAAGAGAUCCUUGGCACUCAUGCUGAACUUGUCAAAAACAAUGACCUUAAAGACCUUUUGCCUUAUGGGUUUGCUAUUCAUCAUGCUGGGAUGGCAAGGGUUGACCGUGAGCUUGUUGAGGAACUUUUUGCUGACAAGCACAUUCAAGUACUUGUAUCCACUGCUACCCUUGCAUGGGGUGUCAAUUUGCCUGCACAUACUGUUAUCAUAAAGGGUACGCAGAUUUACAACCCAGAAAAAGGUGCUUGGACAGAACUAAGCCCUCUGGAUGUCAUGCAGAUGCUUGGUCGUGCAGGAAGGCCUCAGUAUGAUACACAUGGAGAGGGAAUAAUCUUGACUGGCCACAGUGAAUUGCAGUUCUACCUGUCUCUUAUGAACCAGCAGCUGCCUAUUGAGAGUCAGUUCAUAUCCAAAUUGGCUGAUCAAUUGAAUGCAGAGAUUGUUCUGGGGACUAUUCAGAAUGCUCGUGAAGCAUGCUCGUGGCUUGGCUAUACUUACCUCUACAUUCGGAUGCUCCGCAAUCCAACAUUGUAUGGUCUGCCAGCAGAUAUCUUGGAGAGUGAUAAAACGCUUGAUGAAAGGAGAGCUGAUUUGAUACAUUCCGCUGCAAAUCUACUGGAUAGGAACAAUCUGAUAAAGUAUGACAGGAAAACAGGAUACUUUCAAGUUACUGACCUGGGAAGGAUUGCCAGUUAUUACUAUAUCAGUCAUGGAACUAUUUCAACAUACAAUGAGUACCUGAAACCUACAAUGGGUGAUAUCGAACUGUGCCGACUGUUUUCUCUGAGUGAAGAAUUUAAGUAUGUAGGUGUCAGGCUUGAUGAGAAAAUGGAACUGGCAAAGCUUUUGGAUCGUGUGCCAAUACCUGUGAAAGAGAGCUUGGAGGAACCCAGUGCAAAGAUCAAUGUUCUGCUGCAAGCAUAUAUUUCUAGGUUGAAACUGGAAGGCCUUUCUCUUAGUUCUGAUAUGGUCUACAUCAGACAGAGUGCUGGCCGUCUCUUACGAGCACUAUUUGAGAUUGUUUUGAAGAGGGGAUGGGCUCAACUAGCGGAGAAAGCGCUGAAUCUUUGCAAGAUGGUUGAUAAACAAAUGUGGAGUGUCCAAACUCCCUUGCGGCAGUUUACUGGAAUUCCAAAGGAGAUCUUGAUGAAACUCGAGAAGAAGGAGUUGGCUUGGGAGAGGUACUACGAUCUGUCCUCACAAGAAAUUGGUGAACUGAUCCGCUAUCCCAAGAUGGGGAGGCAGCUGCACAAGUGCAUCCACCAGUUACCAAAGCUGAAUCUUUCAGCCCAUGUCCAGCCCAUUACUCGUACAGUUUUGGGUUUUGAGCUGACAAUUACACCUGAUUUCCAGUGGGAUGAUAAGGUACAUGGAUACGUGGAGCCCUUUUGGGUUAUUGUUGAGGAUAAUGAUGGCGAGUACAUUCUUCACCAUGAAUAUUUCAUGCUUAAGAAACAGUAUGCUGAUGAAGAUCAUACAUUGAACUUCACAGUGCCGAUAUAUGAGCCACUGCCUCCUCAGUAUUUCAUUCGUGUUGUGUCUGACAAGUGGCUUGGUUCUCAGACAAUUCUCCCUGUCUGCUUUAGGCACUUAAUUCUACCAGAAAAAUAUGCUCCACCAACUGAAUUGCUUGAUCUGCAGCCUCUGCCUGUUAGCGCAUUGAGAAAUGCAAGAUAUGAGGGCCUCUAUAGUGCUUUUAAGCAUUUCAAUCCCAUCCAAACUCAAGUAUUCACUGUCUUGUAUAACAGCGAUGACAGCGUGUUGGUCGCUGCGCCAACUGGCAGCGGGAAAGGCGAUAUGUGCGGAGUUUGCUGUACUAAGGAACCACCAGAGGGCAGUGUCUGCUCUUGCGAAAGAAAGAUACAGGGACUGGAGCGGAAAUUUGGAGAGUUUGCCAAGGUAGUUGAGCUCACUGGUGAAACAGCAGCUGAUUUGAAGCUUCUGGAUAAAGGUGAGAUCAUAAUCAGUACUCCUGAAAAGUGGGAUGCGCUGUCUCGCCGGUGGAAACAGCGAAGCACAUCCAACAGGAUGAGGCGUAUUUCCAGUCAUAUUGGCAGUAACAUACGGAUCGUAGCACUUUCAGCAUCACUUGCUAAUGCUAAAGAUCUCGGUGAAUGGAUCGGUGCCACCUCUCAUGGCCUUUUCAACUUCCCUCCAGCAGUGAGACCUGUGCCAUUGGAAAUUCACAUCCAGGGUGUGGAUAUAGCAAACUUUGAGGCAAGGAUGCAAGCAAUGACAAAGCCUACCUACACUGCCAUCACACAGCAUGCAAAGAACAGUAAACCUGCCCUGGUGUAUGUACCGACAAGGAAGCAUGCAAUGUUGACUGCAUUGGACUUGUGUGCGUACUCUAGUGUUGAGGGUGCUGGAACACCAUUUCUUCUUGGGUCAGAAGAUGAGAUGGAUACUUUCACUAGAGGUGUUGAAGAAGAGACGCUUAAGAAUACACUUAAAUGUGGUGUAGGUUAUUUGCAUGAGGGUCUAAGUGAGCUUGAUCAGGAACUUGUAACCCAGCUGUUCCUUGGUGGGAGGAUCCAAGUGUGUGUUGCAAGCAGCACAAUGUGUUGGGGAAAACCAUUGCCUGCUCAUUUGGUUGUUGUCAUGGGGACUCAGUAUUAUGAUGGCCGGGAGAAUGCUCACACCGAUUAUCCAAUUACAGAUCUGCUUCAAAUGAUGGGUCAUGCCAGCAGACCACUUCAAGAUAACUCAGGGAAAUGUGUUAUAUUGUGUCAUGCGCCUCGCAAAGAGUACUACAAGAAGUUCCUUUUUGAGGCCUUCCCUGUCGAGAGCAAUCUUCACCAUUUCUUGCAUGAUCACAUGAAUGCUGAGGUGGUGGUUGGUGUUGUAGAGAAUAAGCAAGAUGCUGUGGAUUAUCUUACUUGGACUUUCAUGUAUCGGCGGCUGACAAAGAAUCCUAACUUCUACAAUCUUCAGGGUGUAAGUCACCGGCAUCUUUCAGAUCAUCUUUCUGAGCUAGUUGAGACUGUCCUGAAUGAUCUUGAAUCAAGCAAGUGUGUGGCUAUAGAGGAGGACAUGUACCUGAAGCCCCUCAAUCUUGGCCUUAUUGCUUCAUACUACUAUAUUAGCUACACAACUAUUGAGCGUUUUAGUUCUAUGCUGACCCAGAAGACUAAGGUGAAAGGACUCCUAGAGAUUCUAGCAUCUGCUUCAGAAUAUGCAGAGCUUCCGGGUCGUCCUGGUGAGGAAGAAUUCAUUGAGAGACUCGUUCGCCACCAGAGGUUCUCUAUCGAGAAACCCAAGUAUGGCGAUCCGCAUGUGAAGGCCAAUGCUCUGCUGCAAGCCCAUUUUUCAAGGCACACAGUGGUUGGGAACCUGGCAGCUGAUCAGCGCGAGAUUCUCCUUUCUGCUCAUAGGUUGCUCCAGGCAAUGGUUGAUGUUAUAUCCAGCAAUGGUUGGCUUAGUCUUGCUCUUAGUGCAAUGGAGCUGAGUCAAAUGGUGACACAAGGCAUGUGGGAUCGGGAUUCUGUGCUGCUUCAAGUUCCACACUUCGCAAAGGACUUGGCUCGGAGGUGCCAGGAAAAUGAAGGGAAGCCCAUCGAGAGUAUCUUUGAUCUUGCUGAGAUGGGUGUCGAUGAGAUGCGGGAUCUCUUACAGCUAUCAAACUCUCAGCUGCAAGACAUCAUUGAAUUUUUCAAGCGGUUCCCCAAUGUUGAUAUGACCUAUGAGGUCCGUGAGGGUGAUGAUAUAACCGCUGGUGACAAUGUAACCGUGCAGGUAACUCUGGAGCGUGACAUGACUAACGUGUCAUCUGAGGUUGGUCCAGUUCAUGCGCCAAGGUUUCCCAAGCCUAAGGAAGAAGGCUGGUGGCUGGUGAUUGGCGACAGCUCCACAAACCAGUUACUGGCAAUCAAAAGAGUGGCACUCCAGAGGAGGGCGAGAGUGAAACUUGAGUUCUCCGCUCCUGCAGAGACUGGGAGAAAGGAUUACAUGAUUUACUUGAUGUCAGACUCUUACUUGGGCUGCGAUCAGGAGUAUGAGUUCACCGUUGAUGUCAAGGAUGCUGGAGGGGAUUGA